GAAGCUAAAACUCAGAAGAGCUCCCAACUGCAGGCGUCUGCUCCCGCAGUGUCCAGCACCCACCAUGCGGCCUCUGGUCCUGCUGUGGGGCUGCCUGGUGCUCCCAGGUUAUGAAGCCCUGACGGGCCCAAAGGAGAUCAGUGGAUUUGAGGGUGACACUGUGUCCCUGCGGUGUACCUAUAAGAAGGAGAUGAAAGUGCACAGGAAGUAUUGGUGCCGGCAGGGUGGCAUCCUGUUGUCCCGCUGCGGUGACACUGUCUACACGAAUCAGGACCAGGAGGUGACUCGAGGCAAGAUGUCCAUCCGAGACAGCCUCCAAGACCUCUGGGUGACAGUGACCAUGAGAGACCUUACCCUGAAGGAUUCCGGGAAGUACUGGUGCGGGAUUGACAGACUGGGCCGUGAUGAGUCUUUUGAGGUCAAACUCAUUGUCUUUCCAGGAAAAAGGGACAGUCCUGUCCCUACUGGCACCUGCUGUCCUUCUUCCCCCACCCCCUCCUUCCAGCCUCUUACACCUACAAGGAGACUGCAGCCCAAGGCAAAAGCCUGGCUGACUCAGCUCCCAGAACUGACUUCUCCUGGUCUCCACCCGACAGUCGUCACCACCAAACAGGGGAAGACAAGGGUCAAAGCCCCUGUAUUCACCGAGGCGGCCCCAGCCUGGUCUACAGGAACCUCCCAGGUUCCCUCAGGAAUCUCUCCACAUGCUGGGAGCUCUCCUCACACAGCAACCCCAGCCAGAUCUGCAGGAACCUCCCAGGUUCCACCAGGAAUCUCUCCAUAUGCAGGGAGGUCUCCUCACACAGCGACCUCUCCUCAUGCAGGGAGCUCCCGCCCAGUCAUCUGGCCACCCCUCACCACACCAAAGGACUCCAGGGCUGUAACCAGCAGCGUCUCCAAGUCAAGUGUGUCCAUCCCCAUGGUCCGCAUAAUGGCCCCAGUCCUGGUACUCUUGUCCCUGCUGCUGGCUGCAGGAUUAAUUGCCAUUGGCAGCCACAUGCUCCGGAGGCAGAGAAAGAAAUCUUGGCUGGCCACAGAGACUCAGAAGAACGAGAAGGUCUACCUUGAAACCUCGUUGCCAGGAAAUGGCUGGACCUCUGAAGACUCGAUGAUAGACCUUGCAGUGCCUCCCGAAUGUCUCAGAAACCCCAACCCUUCUGCUGAGAAGCACAACCUCAGCCAGUCUGCAGAGGAAGAGGCAGCCCCUUCCCUGGACGCCGAGGAGGACGUGGUGGUAGCCCCUCCCCUGCAUAUGUCUGCGGAGGAACUGGCCUUCUCCGAGUUCAUCUCUGUGUAACUGCAGAAUGCCCCAUGGUCAGGCAUUGUGAAGCUGAACGGCUGAAGUCGCAUGAAUUCUCGGGCUCUACUCACCAUCCACAGCUCUGCCCACCUUCCUUCCGGUUCCCUCGCAUGCCCUAGAUGGAGAAGUGUCUGUGGACCCUGGAGCCCAGAAUGGUACUUAGUUCCAGCCAGAGGCUGGGACCUCCCAGUAUGUUCUAAUCCCUGGGAAGAGUUCAUGGGCGUGGCUCUUCAGCAGGGCCUGGCAAGGGGCAAGGCUCCACAGGGGGCUGAGUUUGUGUGCGGUCCAGGAAAGUCCCUGAGUAUGAGAGCCCAGCAACAGUCGUGCCUCCCAUCCUCAACAGAUCCCACCUUCACCUCCCUCCAAUUCUCCUGCAUCAGAUGCUGUGAGGGAGAAACAUCUAUGUGUCUAUGAAACUCCCGCAUCCUGACCCUUUAGAAAAUAAUUAAAAUAGAACUCACCCAAACCAUCUCUAGGGCAGGGCCCCGGACUCCAUAGUUCUGACAGGUGACCCUGGGAUUCCUACACUUGGGCCUGAUGGGUCCUCAGCCCCUUCAAGCUGGAAAUCUUCCUUCCUUCUCUCACUGUGGGUCUUCUAUAUGCUCCCUAGACCUCUGAUCAUGACAGUCCCAGUGGGAGCUUCCUGAUGUGUCCCUGGUCUGGCACACUAUGGUGACAGCCAGCUCAAGGCAGCCAGGGAUUGGAUGGUUUUCUAUUCUCCUUCCUCAAGGCUCUGUAUCCCUCGCUUUGGGAGGACAUUGGAGGAAGACUCCUUAUCAUCCCUGCCCAGACUGGUUACUCCUCCAUGGGGUCUGGAGGUUGGGAGAGAGGAAGGGGAGGGAGAGAUGGAGGGGAGGGGGAGAGGAAGGGGGAAGAGGAGGAAAACAGAGUGGGAGGGAAGGAAGGAGGGGACAGGAAGACACUAGACUCUUACUAGAGAAUACUAAAUCCAGGCCUGCUAAGUGAGGGAAAGACAGACUGGCUCAACUAUUUUUUUCUUUUUCUAUUUUGUUUUGAAAAAUAAGAGGUUGGGAAGGGAGGUGUUCAGAAUAUAAAACAGAGAAAUAUAGGGAGAAUACAAAAGAAGAGAGGGGCAAUGUUUUUAGGAUCAUAAUAACCUCACCAAGUCCUGUUGUCAGCUCUGACUGAGCUUGCAGGAUCCCCUCCCCUCGCCUUCUUGAAUUUGCAGAUGCUUGGUUUACGGGGGGGGGGGGGGGUCAUCUCACUGCGCACGGCUCACUGCUCUCCCCAUGCAUUGUAAGCAUCCCUCCAUGUUCUACAAACCUCGUACAAUAAACUUUCUCAGCUGCGUAGUA